GUCAUGACGUCCUUCCUGCUUCACUAGAGGGACACGUGCAAGUUCUAACAUCUCUGAGUCGAGGGGGAAGGCUUCAAACUUCAGCAUUUAUACUGUCCCGAUAGGUGUACAGUUUUGAUUUUCUUGUGAAAGGCUUUACCGAAUAAGCAGUCAACAUGGUAAAGCCUCAGUUUAAGGGGAAGAACUCGAUAAACCCUUCUUCAUCCAGCUCGAACCCCGAUCGAGCCAAAGGUGCAGGGGGAAACAACAUGAGGGACAGAGCCACCAUUAAGCGUCUGAAUAUGUACAGACAAAAACAAAGAUGUAACAACCGAGGGAAAGUUAUCAAACCUUUACAGUACCAGUCUACAGUAGCACCAGGAACAGUGGCCAGAGUUGAACCCAACAUCAAAUGGUUUACAAACACUCGAGUGAUAAAGCAGUCAGCCCUCCAGAAGUUUCAAGAGGAGAUGGGAUCAGUACAGAAGGAUCCAUACCGUGUGGUGAUGAGGCAAAGCAAACUGCCCAUGUCUCUUUUGCAUGACAAAGCCAAACCUCAUAACUCUAAGGUGCACAUACUAGACACUGAGGGAUUUGAGACCACAUUUGGACCUAAGGCUCAGAGGAAGCGGCCCAAUCUCCUGGUUGGAGAUGUGAAGGAUCUUGUAGAGAGAGCGGAGGCUUCAGCGUUGAACUACAGUGCCGACAAAGACACGAACUUGGUGACAGAGGACACUGGUGUCCGGGAGGAAGUACGUGAGGAGAUUUAAAAGGGUCAAUCGAAGAGGAUCUGGGGAGAACUCUACAAGGUGAUCGACUCGUCUGAUGUCAUAAUCCAAGUGCUGGACGCCCGUGAUCCGAUGGGAACCCGCUCCAAAAGCAUUGAGACAUAUCUGAAGAAAGAGAAACCUUGGAAACAUCUCAUCUUUGUAUUAAACAAGUGUGAUCUUAUCCCUACCUGGGUCACGAAACGAUGGGUUGCCGUUCUGUCCCAAGAGUAUCCAACUCUAGCUUUCCAUGCCAGCCUGACCAACUCAUUUGGUAAAGGUUCUCUCAUCCAGCUCCUCAGGCAGUUUGGGAAGCUCCACACAGACAAGAAACAGAUAAGCGUGGGUUUCAUUGGCUACCCAAACGUGGGAAAGAGUUCAGUUAUCAACACUCUGCGCUCAAAGAAGGUCUGCAACGUGGCACCCCUCGCUGGAGAAACAAAGGUGUGGCAGUACAUCACACUAAUGAGGCGCAUCUUCCUCAUCGACUGCCCCGGUGUCGUUUACCCAUCAGAGGACAGCGAGUCUGAUAUAGUCCUAAAGGGAGUGGUUCAAGUGGAGAAGAUCAAAAACCCAGAAGAGCACAUCGGUGCGGUACUGGAACGAGCCAAACCCGAGUACAUCCAGAAGACUUACCGAAUCCCAACAUGGAGUUCUGCUGAUGACUUCCUUGAGAAGCUGGCAUUCCGUACUGGAAGCUUCUAAAGGGAGGUGAGCCCGAUCUCAGUACGGUCUCCAAAAUGGUUUUAAAUGACUGGCAGAGGGGACGGAUCCCCUUCUUUGUGAAGCCUCCUGGACCAGAGGGAGAUCCAGAAGAUGAAAAACCAUUGCCCCUGGAAGGUCCACCGGCUGCAGAGCAGAACGUUCAGGAGGAACAGGCGGAUAAUCUGGACGGCGCGUCCGGA